AUCAUUAGCAGCUUAGUUGUCAUCCACACAAUACACAACGCAGCACUGAAUAAAUGUGUAUUUCCUGUUUUUAAUGUAUGUAUACAAAUCAAAUCAGAUACACGAAGAUCAAUGGAAGUGUCAAACAAAGGAUUUACUUACGAUUUCAAUAAUGAGAGACGUGGAAUAGCACUGCUGAUUCACAAUGAAGUAUUUGACAAAUAUUCUGGCUAUAAAGACAGGCCCGGGGAUAGUGGAGAUUUUAUCCGAAUGCAGGAGAUAUUCACAAAACUAGGUUUUGAUGUUGAUGCGAAGAGAAAUUUGACAGGUAGACAAAUAUUCAGCACUAUACAAAAAGUUUCAGAGUCCAAAUUUCAUGAAAAAUCCGAUUGUUUUGUCUGUGUCAUUGCUUCACAUGGAGAAGAAAUGCAGAUUGAAACUAAAAACAAUGUCAUUAUCAAAGAACAUGUCAUUGUUGGCACUGAUGGACAAUGUGUCAAAACAAGUGACAUUGUAGAAAUGUUCAAUGAAGACUAUUGUGAAGGCCUAAAAGAUAAACCGAAAUUAUUCUUUAUUCAGGCUUGCAGAACAAGUAAUGCUACCGUUUUGGGAAUGGACAGUGGGCAUACACUAACAAUAACAGAACGAAAGCAGCCGCAAGGUGGCAUUGUUGAUGGCGUUGAGGAUAUGCAAGUUGACUCUAAAAUAACCGAUAAUGUUGAUUCCAGCUAUAUACCAACACAUGAAAAUCAAAAGUCCAACAAUGAAAACUCUCAGUGUGAAGAUAACCUGGAAACAAGACACUUAUUAUCUGCAGAAACGUACCUCAGCAGACGACAGCUAGUUCAUCAGGUAACAGACGUUGAAUGCCCUGAAGAUACUUUACUGAUGUUCGCCUCUUUAUCCAAUAAUUUUGCAGUUCGAAAUUCCUCUGCUGGUGGCUGGCUAUUAACUAGUCUGUACAGUCAAAUCAAGGAAUAUAUAGAGACUGGUAAAAUAUGUUCGACAGAAUUUACCCAAAUUCUAAAUGGUGCUUUGAAAGAAAUGACGACAAAGAACUUCAAACCAUCUGAUAUCACUUCACGUUUGUACGGAGCAUUUUCUCCUGGCUGUUUUACGCAUUGUUUGUCCAGGGAUGUAUUCUUUCUGGAAAAGCAAUACAAAUAGAACUGUCGCCUUGUUGAUCAUAUGUUUUCAUAUGGAUGACUUGUUUGAAAUCAAUUUAUUUCUUGUUGAUUCUACAUGCAUUUAAACCAACGAAGUCAUGAAAUGAUCUCAGCGUAUAAAUUUAUUCUUUGGCUUCAUGUUAUUUUCAACUAAGCUUACAUAGUGUUUAAUUUUGCAAUUUUGUCUCUUCAAUAUUUGAAAUUACAUGUAUAUUUUAAUUAUUACAGCAGUGACAAUGAUAGACAGUUUCCAUUACACAGAGAUUACACAGUGUUCACAUAUUACAUGAACAAUUGUUGAAUAAAGUUUGACCUUAAUUUCAAUAAAUACAGGAACCUCUUCAGAAAAAAAACCUCAUCCUUGACUAUGAAUUAUUAUUUACAUUUUUCCUACUAAGUGGUACAAAUUAUAUUUAGUGGUUUUUAUGUGUUUGACUGCACUAAUUUCAUCAAACUUGAUAAAAUCUAGAUAUUUAUUUAACUGCCCUUACCUUAAGCUGAAAAAUGACAACAAAGUGUUGUCCGUUGAGAUGCAAACUCUACGAUAAAGUAAUAUCUUCAAUUUUGUUAUGUUUUGUCUUGGUUUUUUUUAUAUUAUUUGUGGUAACAUUCCACUACAACUAGCGUGUAGGGUGUUUUCUCUGUUGAUAAAGCACAUACAUACGUAUUGCUGAUUUCGAUUAUUUUAAUAAAGGUCGAUACCCACUA